AUGGUUACAAAUCUCGCCCCGGUGAAUGGCCAUGGCAAUGUAGCUCUAUUCCAUCGAACGUUGAGUGGAAAUGAAUUUGAUUACCAAUGUGGCGGAACUUUGGUGCACAAGUACCUUGUACUGACGGCAGCUCAUUGUGUGACGCAGCGCUCGAGUAAGAAACCCUUGGCCCAAGGCGAUAUUCUGGUUAAGGUAGGAAGGUUCGAUAUAUCGGAGCAACAGGAAGAGCAAGGCCGGGAUCACGAGGUGGAGCAGGUUUUGCCACAUCGAGACUACAAACCGUUGUCGUUCGAGAACGAUAUAGCGAUUCUGAAAUUAAAAGUGCCGGUGAUCUUUACACUUCUUGUGCAACCGAUCUGUCUCUGGAAACGAGAUGACGGGAUUAUUCUGCCUAAUGUAUACAGAAUGCCUGGAACCGUUGUAGGAUGGGGACUAACGGAGAAUAAUACGGUCGCUUCAACGCUCAAUCAAGCUCAAAUGCCGGUGGUGUCCUAUUCACGAAUGCUUGGAAAGUGA